CACCCCCAGGUCCUUUUCUGCCGGGCAGCUUUCCAGCCACUCUGCCCCAAGCCUGUAGCGUUGCUUGGGGUGGUUGUGACCGAAAUGCAGGACCCGGCACUUGGCCUUGUUAAACUUCACACAGUUGGCCUUGGCCCAUGGAUCCAGCCUGUCCAGGUCCCUCUGCAGAGCCUUCCUACCCUCGAGCAGAUCAACACUCCCACCUAGUUUGGUGUUGUCUGUGAACUUACUGAGGGUGCACUCAGUCCCCUCAUCCAGAUCAUCGAUAACUCAGUAUGGUCUCUCACGAGGGCUUCCUCCCCUCGGAAUUCAUGUUCUCCUUUCCCUAGCCCAGCAUCCAUUAACAAGAAACAUUGCUCUUAAACUUCAGGGCUCUGCGUAAGUUGUCUCUCAAGCACACGGACCCAAGCGCUGAAGGGACGCCUGGCUGGCGGCUCCUCCGCGGUGCUCGCGAGGUCGGUGUCCCUGCACGGGUGGCUGCAGCCUGGCGUAUCCCCGGCUUACACAGGCGGCCGCGCUUCUCUGUAGCAUCUCUGCGCUCUCAGGAGGCGAGAGAGACACUUCUGAGAGGCCGGCCUUAAGGGUAUCGACCUUUUCGUUGUGCUUUUAGAGGCUGCAUUUGUGUGGCAGCCGUUUCCCGCACGCGCAGGGACGGUGUCAGGACCAUGCCUGAUGCGCAGGAGCGUGUGUUGAUGGAGGAAGAGUCCGCUGGCCGCCACUUCUUCCCCCGGUGGAUAUGGGUUUGUAAAAGCCUCGGUCAGGAAUGCGGGUAUUGUUCCUGCCGCCGCCUGUGGGUUUUUAGCCCUCUUCAUGUCCAUUUUCCCGCUGCGAUGAAAAGCGCAGCUGAGGUGCAGAGACUGAAGGCUGUGGCUCUGCCUCCCGCUUAUGCGCCACCACCUUCCUCCUCCUCCUCCUCCUCCUCACGCUGUUAUUUCUGGAACCCCCUUGAACUCCUGCACCGCACUUGCACCCUUCCUCGCUUGCAGUUUCUCAUCAAAACAAACUACUUCUGAGCGCGGUGAGUCACAGUAGAGCGAGGAAAAUGGCAAAACCUUUCAGUUUCUUCACUGGCUGCCCAACUGUGUAAUUUUUAUCUCCAGCGCCCUCUUUCCGCUAAGCCUCUUGGUUUUGUACGUGUCUCCUGUUGCUGUAAUUUAAUACUAAUAGCAUUUGGGUUUGGGUUGUUAUUUUUCCGGCAGGUAGGACUUUGCUUUGGUUUGUUUUUUCAAGUGAGCUAUGUAUUAAUAGCGGCGGCACGCUGGUGUUAAUUGCCAGCUCUGGAGCUUGUUUUAGAGCCCCGCGGCGCGUAACCUCAAAAAGCAAUCAACCAGGCUAGUUAUAGCAACAAACCCACGCGCGCUCCCCAAAAACUUCACCAUUUUCUUGCAGGGAGUGUGGUUCCCAGUGGUUUUUGUGGGCUGCCCGCCGGCCGCAAGCCUCUCGAAACUUGUUGUAUGGGAUAAGCUCUCUGCUGCUAAUUCAAACCUUUCUUCUCAAAGGCAGAAUACAAUUGUGCUGGAAAUCAUUUGAAUAUUCAGGGCUAACGUAGAGCGGUGGAUCGGUAAUUAGCUUUUAUGGUUACGGCAGCCUUUGUGAGGCCUCCUUUUGGCGAAGCAGAAAAACCCCUGAAAAUCGUGCCCUGUCAUGCCUCAGAUCUCGUUAUUGUAAGGCGGUUUAUUAGCAUGGGUUUUCUUUUUUUUUCUCCAACGGAAAAAUAUACCCUGCGGCGUUAGGUGGAGUUAGCCGACGAGCAUGCCGCUCGCGCAGGCAGCAAAAUUAGCAACAUGAUAUAAGUGGUUUGCCUUUGUGAAAGUAUGUCUGUCCUGAGCCUCCUGCCCUCGGCUCCCGAUGCUGCGGUUCCUGCCCGUGCCGUCGGCCGGGCCGGGGACUUUCCACGCCUCUCGGCUUCUCUUGGGGCUGAAGGAGCUGCAGGACGGGUUGGGGGGGAUGCGCAGACAUGCGAUUUUUCUUGUAAAAGUGGAGCAAAAGUAGUACUGUAGGUGGGACUAUGACAAAUAACUUGUUGGGGGGAUCCCCAUUGAAAAAUAAUCUAGGAUUUGUUUGUUUUUAACCACCGAUACGGAUGUGUGCCGUCUUUGCGGUGUCCGUGCGUGGAGCAGCAGCCGCCAGCGGUACGGCUGCACGGCUCAGAAGCGCGGUUGAGUUCCUACUCCCUGGGUGGAACUUGUGCUCCGAUGGCACAAAGGCAUCUUAAAUUUUUUCCCAGUGGGGAGAGUAAGUAGAAACUUGAAUUUAUUCCUCUGCAGCCUUGCCGGUUAAGAUCAGUUAAAGGUGUGAUCCUAAGAAGCUGGCACUCGUUGGACUGUGCUGACUGCAGGAUCCUUCGUAGCCUUUGUAAAUCGGGCAUAGACGGUGCAGUCCCGGCUGGUUUUGCUGUUGUAACGUCCUUCCCGUACUCGGUGCGAUGCCGGCGCUACGGAGCCGUAUCUGACACCCUCAGACCUCAGCCGAACCGGGCUGUUGGCGACAGGAGCUGAACUGCGGCCGCGAAAGGCGGGGGGUGGGACCCCCGGGGCCAGCUGCGGCAGGGGCGCUUGCAGAGAGCCGCCUCUCCUGACAGCCGGUCGUCCGGAGUUGUGCGCAGCCACCGCUCCUGUGGCAAGCCAAGGCUGAAAAGAUUUGAUAAGUCUGGUAAAGAAAAUUUCCGUAAUCUUUUUUUUAAGCGGCUGAACCAGUCAAAGAAUAGGUUGUUGACUAUGGCUUAGAGCCAAUGUCUCGCCAAAGCUCGAGUUGCCGGUGUGGUGGGGGCAGGAGAAGCGAUGGCAGCCUCCUGGGCCCUUAUUCUGACACCUCAUUGUCAGUGAGAAGUGACAUGCACAAAUGGCAUGUGCAGCCGGACUUAAAAUAGCCCCUGGCCGCUGCCCUGAGAACACGCGGCCUCCUUAUAUGUCCCGCUGCACAUGCCGCCCUCCGGGGGACGGGGUGCCCCUUCCCUCCGCAGGUGCGGAGCAUCCAACGGCCGGGAUAGCCUUUCCCCUCGGGCCUGCUGCCGUCCUCCCCGGGAUACAACCGACUGAACGUUGCUCUGUACGUUUUGGGGAAAAAAACCGCGAGUGCGAUGCUCAAGCUGAUAUUGGUAUUGCCAUCAGGGAAGCGUGAUUGGAUUUUCCUGUUCAUCUGUCCAUAAAAAGGAGAGCAAGAAGCAAGGUUCUGGAUUGCCAGAUGCUUUUAAACCAGCUGAAAGAGAUCACGGGAAUUCAAGACUCGGCUUUCCUCCAUGCGGCUCUAAAGGCUGCUAAUGGGGACCUGAUGGAAGCAGUCACCUUCCUGACGGAGGAGCACGCUCAGGAGCCGGCUCGGGAUGCGGCCGCUGCGGAGCCGUCCGCUUGGGAAGGGAGUGCAGUGGGCAAACAGCUCCCACGCAAUCUUGCUGCUGCACUUACCCCCAGCGACAGAGACGACCUCCACACAGGAGACGCCUUCAGACCCCGGGAAUCACCGAAAGCUCAGGCUGCGGAAAGGGAUGCUGCAGAAAGACCGCAGGAAGCGCAUUCCGCUGAAAACAAAAACCGCUCCAAAAGGAAACGCUGUGAAGUCUGGGGAGAGAACCCCAAGCAGAGUGACUGGAGGAGAGUGGGCGACUGGCCUGUUGGAAUGAAAAAUAUCGGGAAUACGUGUUGGUUUAGCGCUGUCAUACAGUCGCUGUUUCAGUUGCCGGAAUUUCGGAGGCUGGUCCUUGGGUACUCCCUGCCACAAAACGUGCUUGAAAGCUGUCGUAGUCGCACUGGAAAAAGAAACAUUGCGUUCAUGCAAGAACUUCAGUGUCUGUUUGCGUUAAUGCUGGGCACACGUCGUAAGUUUGUAGACCCGUCUGCGGCGCUGGAGCUCCUGAGGGAUGCGUUUAGAUCCGCGGAGGAACAGCAGCAAGAUGUGAGUGAAUUUACACACAAACUACUGGACUGGCUGGAGGAUGCGUUCCAGCUCGCUGUGAACGUCAAAAGCCCCGGGGACAAAUCUGAAAACCCGAUGGUACAGCUUUUCUACGGGACUUUCCUGACGGAGGGUGUCCAUGAGGGCAAUACUUUUUCCAAGAUCGAAACCUUUGGUCAGUAUCCCCUUCAGGUAAACGGUUACCGAAACUUGAAUGAGUGCUUGGAAGGAGCCAUGGUGGAGGGAGAGAUGGAUGAGGCGGCAGCAUCGCAGUCGGUGAAGUACGGCCAGGAGCGCUGGUUCACAAAGCUCCCGCCGGUGCUGACCUUUGAACUCUCCCGAUUUGAGUUCAAUCAGUCACUAGGGCAGCCGGAGAAAAUCCACACCAGGCUGGAAUUCCCCCAGACCAUGUACAUGGACAGGUACCUCUACUGCAGUAAAGAGCUUGUUCAGAGGAAGAGAGAAGAAAUGAAGAGACUGAAGGAGAAAAUGGUGGUUCUGCAGCAGAAACUGGAAAGGUACCUGCAGUACGGCUCAGGCCCAGCCCGCUUCCCCCUGCCCGACAUGCUGCAGUACGUUCUCGAAUUCAUCGCCACAAAGCCAGCCGCAGCCCUUCCCUCUGCGCCGGGCUCUCUGACAGCGCUCCCGCGGCCCCGCGCCGAGCCUUGUCUUCUGCACGCGCUUUCCCAGCCGAACGGCAUGCUGGAAGGGAAGGAUACUGGGACUGAAGACACAGCUUUCUUUUCGGCAAAUCCCUCGCCACAGCAAAGAUCGAGUGUGCUGCUCCAGCCUCCUGAAACGUCUGAACGUCCAGCUCCUCACGUGGUUUCCGAGGAAGAGCUGCGCCUUGUCCGGACGUGUCUGCAGCGGUGGAGAAACGAGAUCGAACAAGACGUGCAAGAUCUGAAGGAGUCUAUUGCCAGAAUCAAGCAGUCCAUUGAACAAAUGUACUGCGACCCUCUCCUCCAGCAGGUUCCCUAUCGCUUGCACGCAGUCUUGGUACACGAAGGGCAAGCAAACGCCGGUCACUACUGGGCCUACAUAUACGACCAGCCUCGGAAAAGCUGGCUCAAAUACAAUGACAUCUCGGUGACAGAGUCGUCCUGGGAAGAGUUGGAGAGAGAUUCGUUCGGAGGCUUGAAGAACGCCAGCGCCUACUGCCUGAUGUACAUAAGUGAUAAGGUGUCCCGCUUCCUUGCAGACAAGGAGGAGGGCUCGGAGCUGGGCCAGUUCCAGAAGGAGGUGGAAGCCUUGCCCCCGGAGCUGAGACACUACAUCCAGGAGGACAACUGGCGCCUGGAGCAGGAGGCCGAGGAGUGGGAGGAGGAGCAGUCUUGCAAGAUUCCUCAGAUGGAGCCUUCACCCGCUUCCGAGUUGCAGGACCUCUCAUCUGAAUCGGGACCAGAUCAGAAUUCCGUCUGCGAGCAGAGCAUGCGCUCUCUGUCCUCGGAGCACGCCAUGAUCGCCAAGGAGCAGACAGCCAAGGCCAUCGCGAACACCGCCGACGCCUACGAGAAGAACGGCGUCGAGGCAGCUCUCUGCGAGCCCAAGGAGGCAGAGCCAGCGAAGGCCCAGCCGGGAGCCGCAGCCCUUACGGUUCAGGCAGAGCAGCCCCGGGACGCUCGGGGGACAGAGCCGGCUGCCCCGGCUCGCUCACAGGUCUCGGAGGUGGAAAUCCCCAGUGUGGGGAAGAUCCCCGUUAGGUCCGAUGCAGACGGAUAUAACGAGGAGGUGAUGCUGAGCCCGGCCAUGCAAGGCGUCAUCCUGGCGAUUGCAAAAGCCCGCCAGACCUUUGAUCGCAACGGGUCUGAAGCAGGGCUUGUUAAGGCGUUCCACGAGGAGUACUCCCGGCUCUACCUGCUCGCCAAGGAGACCCCGACUCCUCAGAACGACGCCCGGCUGCAGCAUGUCCUCAUUUACCUCCUGCAGAACAACGCUCCCCAGCAGGUGGUGGAACGGACCCUUCUCGAGCAGUUUGCGGACAAGAACCUCAGCUACGAUGAAAGGUCAAUUAGCAUUAUGAAGGUGGCGCGAGCAAAGCUGAGAGAAAUCGGUCCUGACGAUGUGGACAUGGAGGAGUACAAGCGCUGGCACGAAGACUACAGCCUUUUCCGCAAGGUGUCGGUUUAUCUGCUGACGGGGCUGGAGCUCUACCAGAACAGAAAGUACCAGGAGGCGCUCACCUACCUGGUCUACGCCUACCAGAGCAACACCAAGCUGCUGCUGAAGGGAGCCAGCCGGGGGGUGAGCGAGUCGCUGAUCGCCUUGUACCGAAGGAAGUGUCUCCUGAAGCUGAACGAGGUGGCGGCGGCGCUCUUCGUAAGCUGCGAAGAAGCUCGUGUGGCAGAGGGCAUCGGCAUCCUGAACGAGCUGAUCAUCCCCUGCAUGCACCUCAUGAACAACUUCGAGAUCUCCAAAGAGGACCUGGACGCCAUCGAGGUCAUGAGGAACCGCUGGUGCUCCUACCUGGGACGAGAAGACAUGGACGCCAAACUGCAGGUGAAGCUGGGCGAGUUGCUGCCCCGGCUCCUCGACUGCUCCGCUGAGGUCGUUGUCCUGAAAGAGCCCCCGAAGAUCCGGCCCAACUCCCCCUACGACCUCUGCAGCCGCUUUGCAGCCGUCAUGGAGUCCAUCCACGGCGCCUCGGCCGUCACGGUGAAAUAGCGUGGGGACGCCCGGCCGCGCCGUGGUGCACGCUGCAGCCCGCCAGCGGCCGUCCUCCCGGCGGGCAGCGUUGGACAGGGAGAGGGGGGAUUCGGAUUCAGAGCUGUGUUCCUUGUAAAUAUGAACGAAUGAAAAGCGGUAUUGCACUUUUGAGAGAAGAGGCGGAGCGCUGAGGGGAAGGGCCUGACCCGCUGCUCUGGCACGAGGCGCCAGGACCCGGCACCACCGUCCGCCACGGGGUCCCCCGGCCACCUCGGCGCGUUGGGGUGUUUCGGCAGCUUUCUAGAGACAGAUCCCCAGGCCCGCACCGGCAGCAGAGCGAGAGCCGGCUCCUCUGGCAGAGGCGCUGAGACCCUCCUGCAGGAUUAGCUGCCGGAGGGGGUGCGCCCGGUCCUGCCCCGCUGCGGCCGGAGGGCUCGCUGGUGCCGCUGGGAGCAGCGGGGAGCGGGGCUCACGCUCGGAAGGGCGCGGGCAGUCGCGCGUGCAGCGGCGUGUUUGGUCAAGGCAGGCGGGCAUUUGCCUUCUGUAUUUUAACGGUCAAAAGACAACACGCAGGAGUCUUCCUCUGAGGAAGGCAGAAGCCGGUCCUGGCGGCGAGGAGAGGGGACAGGGUGGCAGAAUUGCCCGGCGCAGGGACGUCGCCCCGAAGGACGUUCCCCGCUGGGGUUCGGCGCAAACUUCCUCCUCUCCUCUGGGUUUUCGGUGCCGGAUCGGCGUCGCUGGCACCUGCGCGGGCCGGAAUCGGCUCCUUUUUGGUUGGUGGUGGUUUGGUUUGGUUUUCUUUUUUACCUGGCUUUCUGUAAAACCCGCGCCCCGCUGGAUCUCCUUGAGCGGGCAGCCUGUACUUGCGCUUGAGCUGCGGCAGUUGUUUUAAACCAAACGUUGGGAGGACGUGGAGGGGGGAUCCUGUGUGUUAGGACUAUGCAGACUUUUCUAAAA